GGGUAUUAUUACUCAGAGUGUGGCAAGCAGUUCUUAGAGAAUUCAAAUCUCAUUCAACACAAGAAUAGUGACCAUUCAGGAGAGAAGACAUUUCCCUGCUUCGUGAAUGGAAAUAAUUUCUUUGAUGGUGACCCACAUAAAUGUGGAAAGAGAUUCAAUAGCACUGUCGAUCUUCAACAACAUCUAAGAAUUCUUAAAGAGGAGAUACCUUUUAAAUGCUCUCAGUGUGGAAAGAAAUUCAGUCAAAGUGGUGAUCUUCAACUGCAUCUAGAAACCCAUGCAGGAGAGAAACGUUUUGAGUGUUCAGAGUGUGGAAAGAGAUUUAGUCAAAGUAGAUGUCUUCAUCUGCAUCAAAGAACACACACAGGAGAGAAACAUUUUGAGUGUUCAGACUGUGGCAAGGGAUUCAAUUGUAGUGGCGAUCUUCAACGGCAUCACAGAACUCACACAGGGGAGAAACCGUUCGAGUGCUUAGAGUGUGGAAAGAAAUUCAGUCAGAGUUGCAAUCUUCAACUGCAUCAAAGAACCCACACAGGGGAGAAACCUUUUGAAUGCUCUGAGUGUGGAAAGAGAUUCAGAGCGAGCAGCAAUCUUCAACGGCAUCACAGAACCCACACCGGGGAGAAAUAUUUUGAGUGCCCAGAGUGUGGAAAAAGAUUUAGUCAGAGCAGCAGUCUUCAACUGCAUCAAAGAACCCACACGGGAGAGAAGCCUUUUCAGUGCUCAGAGUGUGGAAAGAGAUUCAUUCAGAGUGGCAGUCUGCAAUACCAUCUUCGAACCCACACAGGAGAGAAACCUUUUGAGUGCUCAGUCUGUGGAAAGAGGUUCAGUCUCAGUAGCAUUCUUCAACUGCAUCAAAGAACCCACACAGGAGAGAAGCCUUUUGAGUGUUCAGAGUGUGGAAAGAGAUUCCCUUACAGUGGUAGUCUUCAGCAGCAUCUACGAACCCACACAGGGGACAAACUGUUUGAGUGCUCAGAGUGUGGAAAGAGAUUCCGUUACAAUGGUAGUCUUCAACAGCAUCUACGAACCCACACAGGGGACAAACCUUUUGAGUGCUCUGAGUGUGGGAAGAGAUUUAGUCAGAGUGGCAAUCUUCAAGUGCAUCAAAGAACCCAUACUGGGGAGAAACCUUUUGAGUGUCCAAAUUGUCAAAAGAGAUUCAGUCGAAGUGGCAGUCUUCAACGGCAUCAAAAAACCCACAGAAAGUAAAAAACAUUUUGAGUGCUGAGAGUUUGGAAAGAGAUUCUGUCUCAGUGGCAGUCUUCAAUGGCAUCAAAGUACACACAGAAAGUAAGACACUUUUGAGUGCUCAUGUGGAAAUAGAUUGAAGUAGGGGGCAGCCUUCAAGAGCAUCUGAAAACCGACACAGGGAACUAUCUUGUGAUGCCUUUGAUCCCAGACUUGUCACUCCCAACUUUCCCAUAUGCAGUGUACUCAUUCUUCAAAGUGCUGCCCAUAGAGUUGGUGCCAGUGUUGGAGAGUCACCAAAGCUUGGAGACCAACUGAGCCUUUGAUUUGCUUUCUCCGCAUGUUUAAAGAAGCACUAACCAGCUCACAGGCGCAUCACCACUGGUGUUUUGUGACUUGGAGCAGCAGACACCAUUAGAUGUCUUGGUGGACUUCUGGUUUGGAUCAUGAAGAAGCCGGUCGUUCCAGCAACCCCCCAACCAACUCAAAUUUCCAAGCCAGAAAGCCACAGUUCCCCCUAAAAUGGGGGGGGGGGAAGAAAUAAUGUACAAAAGCCUUCCAAAGGCCCCGCAGAGAAGCUAACCAGGAAGAGUGAGAAGAUCAAGGAGGAAGCUGUCCAUCUGUUGUGGGGUAGUAUGGUGGUGGCGAGCUGGCAGAGAGUUUCAAACUGCUUCCUGCACUGAAAAACGGGAGAAAAUUAACUUUUAGGCAAGCGGAAGAGCUCAGACUCAAAGAAUUUCUCAAGAGGUAUUUCAACUCUCUACAAGUGCUUGAGAAAAUUGUAGCUAACGAGAACUGUAUUAGGUUGAAUUAAUUGUGAAACAAUUGGAAGAAACUUUAGAAGACAGAGAGAAGCUGGAGAGGCUUGCCCAGUAUGAAACAAGAAUGGGAAACCUCUCUCUGCAAAGUUUAUAAAAUAUAGAGUAAAUAAAUACUAAAGUCAGAGGGUAAACCAGAGCAGGCUGUUUGAAACAGAGCUAACUGAUUGCAAUUUAACCAAAUAUAUUGGUUGUUAGAAGGCUCCAAAGUUAACCCAGAAGAAGCUUGGAGACAGAACCUGCUUCUUAAGCAAAGGGGAACAGUUUUUGACAGUGAUUUAAGGCACUAGAGCAGUGGUUCUCAACCUUCCUAAUGCCGCGACCCUUUAAUACAGUUCCUCAUGUUGUGGUGACCCCCAACCCUAACAUUUAUCCAUUUUACAGAUGGAGAACACAGAUGCAGAGAGUCUUAGGUGACGCCUGUGAAAGGGUCGUUCGACCCCCAGAGGGGUCCCGACCCCCAGGUUGAGAACCACUGCACUAGAGAAAUGCAAUCCUUCAACAGAGUGGCAGAACAGAGUCCCACUUUGAGCCUGAAUAAUGGCGACCAGGAAUAACAGAAAUAAUGUUUUGGAGAUAAAAAUCCCUGACAAAAAUGGUUCUGAUACCAAUGCAAAAUUAGAAGAACUCCUGGAACUAACAACUUGUUUUCAUGAAGAGGACAGCUUUAGUAAAAUUGAAAAUAGAUUCAACAAACUGGAAGUAGAACUACAAAAAGUCAAACAGGACCUGAACCACCUUAAGAAGAUGGAAGAGGUCAUUAAAGAGCUUAAGCAAGACUUGAAAUGUACUAAAGACACUGUAAGAUCCCUAGAUGCCAGAACUGGAGUGCUCAGAGGAGAACUGGAAGAUAUGGCUGACCGAAUGGGUUAUGGACUUAAAACUUAAGGAGAAGCAACACUGCGCUUCAGAGGGUGCGCUGAGGGUGAUGAAGAAAAUACAAGAGAGUUGAUAAGCAAAGCAGUGGCUACUUUUCUAGAGUGGAGUCAAGCAGAAAUAGAUUCCAAUAUUGACAGAAUCUUCAGAGUCAAUUUGAGAAUGGCAAAGAUAAAGAAAACUCCAAGGUAUAUUGUGGUUGUCUUCACAAAGAAACUUCUGAGAGAUGAAAUCUUAAACCAUGCAAGAAACAAAAUGCAAAUAAAUAGAAAUUAAAUAAGAAUCUUAAAGGAGAUCCCCAUACACAUCCUGACGAAAUAAAAAUAUUUUCAUCCCAUAACUCAGGGGUCUGCAACCUGCGGCUCUCCAGAUAUUCAUGGACUACAAAUCCCAUCAGCCCCUGU